AUGGCGGCCGCUAGUGACGUUUUAAGAGGACGCCGGGUGGCCCCGCCGGAUCUCUCUUCGCUCAGGCAGUGAGACAGCCACCCACAUAUAUGCCCCUACCCCAUAACACUACACCCCCUGCACCUGGUGGCACGGCCGCUGUGCGACCCGGAGCUGGCAUUGGGGAAAGGAGUUCACUUGAGGGAUGCCCAAGAAGUUCCAGGGGGAGAACACCAAGUCGGCUGCUGCUCGCGUGAGGAAGGCCGAGGCCAAAGCAGCAGCUGAUGCCAAGCGACAGAAGGAGCUGGAGGAUGCCUACUGGAAGGACGAGGACAAACACGUCAUGAGGAAGGAACAACGGAAGGAGGAGAAGGAGAAGCGCCGCAUGGAGCAGCUGGAGCGCAAGAAGGAGAUUCAGCGGCUACUGGAGGAGGAGGACUCCAAGCUGAAAGGGAAGUCCCUUAAGCCUCUCCCCUCUGGCAAGAUCACUAGAUCUCAGAUUGAAGACAUGAUCCGGAAAGAUCAGCAGAAGGAAUAUGAGGAUUCAGUGGAGAAACCAAAGAGUCAUCUUGAAGUUCCACUGGAAGAAAAUAUGAACCGCAGAAUGCUGGAAGGAGAGCUAGAAGCCAGAACGAUCGAAGAUGCUCUGGCGCUUCUCAGUGUUUCCGACGACUCGGACAGACACCCCGAGCGGCGGAUGAAAGCCGCCUUUGCUGCCUUCGAAGAACAGCACCUGCCGCGCCUGAAGAAGGAAAACCCCAAUAUGCGGCUGUCCCAGCUGAAGCAGCUGCUGAAGAAGGAAUGGAUGAAAUCCCCCGAGAACCCCAUGAAUCAACAGUAUGUGGCCUACAACGCCCAGAAGUGA